AUGCCAUCAUGUCUUUCUUCCAUCGAUUCGGAGAAAGCCUGUGAUACUGAAGCGUUAAAGGCGCAGUUCAUGAUGAAAUUAGUUUCUGAGAUUUCCUUACAGGAUGAAUUCGAAGCCCCCUCUCAUACCAUAUCUGGCGCUAUCAGCUUUGAGGCCGACAAACGACGUUUACUAGCUGAAAAAGAAGCGCUGAGUAAAAGACGACGAUACCUCACGUCAAGUGAAACAUUACAGAAGUUGACAAAACCUCCAUAUUUUUCUCGGGAGAGUCUGACGACUUCUAAAUUUACAACUAAAGUCGAGAGGAAGAUGGUCGAACGUGUUGACCGAAAAGUAUGGGUUGAUGAAGUGAACGCUCUUUCACAACAAGUGGUCCCCCAGUCAAACGAUUCAACAAGCGAAGAGAAUGUGCGAGAUAGAGUGUACAAUCCCAACGACUUGAACAGAAAUGGUUCUGCUCGUACAAGCCGAUACCGUGCAAAAAUGGAGAAGGCUCGACGAGAAUUCAUCGCAAACGGUUCGGAUCCGAAUGGUAUGAAAGUUCAGUGGACAGUUUGA